UUCCGCAUUGACGGCAUGCAGAGUAGCUAGCUAGUAACUUGUUUCGCCUUAUAAAAGCUUUACUAACAUUACAUUUCUGUGUAACCUGUUGAUAAAGGCUGCAAUGAACAGUAAAGGUAUUAAGGCGAUAUUGCUUGACUUGGACAACACGCUCAUUGACACAGCGGGUGCCGGUGGAGUGGCCAUUCAAAAAGUCACGGAGCUCUUGAAGACAUUAGGCCAUGAACACAUCAUUGACAUUUGUGACAGAUUUAAGCACAAGCUCUCUCACGAGACCUUUGACCCAGCUGGUGGUAGGACAAUAGAUGAGGUGCGGAUCGGUCACUGGGAGGAGAGCAUCCAGGAGGUUAUGGGUGGGAGGCCCAGCUCCAACCCCACCCUUGCCAGUGAGUGCUACUACCAGUGGAAGAACACUCGCCUGGAGCUUCUAACCAUAACACCUCCUGUACUUACCCUGCUGAAGCAGCUGAGGACCAGCCACAAACUGCUGCUGCUGACCAAUGGAGAGACCCAGACACAGAGGGAGAAGAUAGUGGCGUUGGGGUGUCAGGGGCUGUUUGAUGCUGUGGUGAUGGGGGGAGAGCAUGCAGAAGAGAAGCCAGCCCGCUCCAUCUUCACCCAUUGUUUUGGCCUGCUGGGGGUGCAGGCUCACAACUGUGUUAUGGUGGGUGACUCCCUGGACACAGACAUUGUUGGGGGGUUUAAUGCAGGGGUUAGAGCCACAGUGUGGAUUAAUAACGGAGGGGUGUGUCCACCUGAGGGAUCUGUCAAACCAGACUACACCAUUCCCUCUGUGCUGGACUUACCUGAGGUGCUGGCCAAGUUGAAAUGAAACUACAGGGAACAAUGUCUAAACCAAUCACAUGAAGAUUGUUUCCAAAGGCCUGAGUUAAUGAAAACAGGGGUUUCUUGUAAAAGGGAUUGUAAAAAUCUAAAUCAGCUUAUUUUCUUUCAUAUUUGAUCUGGAUGAAAGACAAAUUACUUAACAGCAACAAACAUUUUCUUACCUACCAAAUUAUGUUUAAUUGUUUCUCUACUCUCUAAUGCAGACAUUUAUAAUAAUUCUGUCAUAUUUUGUUAUCUGUUGGGUGUACAUUAGACAACGUUGAUUAAUGUGACCAGUAGGGAAAAUGUGUUUUGACAUUUAGACUUAAUUAGAAGUCGGAAUGACAAUCAAGACGCAUUCAAGUUGAUCAGUUGUUUCUGACAUAACCAGCACCUUGAACAAGACACUGCUGUGCACAGGGCUUCAGCUUCUUAUUUCGAGUAAACUAUAUGUAAUACCUA